AUGUCCAAGAUCGAAAAGCUGUCCGUCCAGGGCAUCCGGUCCUUCGGGACCGGCAGUGGCCGUGAGACCAUGCAAUUCUUCACGCCCCUGACCCUCAUUGUCGGUUACAACGGUUCGGGAAAGACGACCAUCAUUGAAUGCCUCAAAUACGCCACCACUGGCGAGCAGCCCCCCAACAGCAAGGGCGGUGCAUUCGUCCACGACCCUAAACUCGUCGGCGAGAAGGAGGUCCUGGCGCAGGUCAAGCUGGCAUUCACCUCGACCACCGGCGUUAAGCAUGUCGUUACGCGAAGUCUUCAAUUGACAAUCAAGAAAACCACCCGCUCCCUCAAGACCCUCGAGGGGUCGCUAGCGACGAACAACAAUGGCGAACGGUCCGUUCUCUCGACGCGAGUGGCGCAGAUGGACGAGGCCGUCCCCGCUCUCCUCGGCGUUUCGACCGCCAUUCUGGACUACGUCAUAUUCUGCCAUCAGGACGAAUCUCUAUGGCCCAUGAGCGAGCCCGGCGCCUUGAAGAAACAAUUUGACCAAAUCUUUGAAGCCAUGCGGUACACAAAAGCCAUUGACAACCUCAAGGUCCUCCGGAAGAAGCAAGGCGAGGAGCUUGCACGCCUCAAAAUACACGAGAGCCAGGACAAGAUCAACAAGGAGAAAGGCGACCGCGCCGAGAAGAGAUCCAUGGAGCUUCAAGCCGAGAUUGAGGGAUCAAGGGAAGCAUGCAACGGCAUGAAUGAUGAGAUGGCCGAGCUCUCAGCGCAGAUCAAGCAGAAGCGGCUCGAGGCCAACAAGUUCUUGAACAUUGUUAAUGACCUCAAAUACAAAAAGGAGCAGUUCAAAUUCCGACAGAGCGCCAUCUCGGAUCUUCAGACUACUCUAGAGGAGCUCGAAGAAGACGAUGAGACUCUGCAAACCAAUUUAUCACAGUAUGAGGAGCGCAUGGCACGCUUCCAAACUGAAGAGCGCCAGAACAGAUCGCAGUACACACAACUCCAGAACGAUCUAGGCAGAUCAAGGAAUGACUUGUCGGCCAGACUUUCCGACAAGGGCAAACAUGAGUCGGAUAAGGACAAGUACGAACGUCAGCUUGCCUCGCGUGUCGACCUGAUUCACGAAGCUGCAGAGCUGCACGGCUUUCGAGGUUUUGACGGAGAUCUGAAAGACACGCAGAUCAAGUCGUUCAACGACAGGAUUCAAAAGCUUCUAGGCGACAAAAAACGGGAUCUCGAGCGCGUCCAGAAGGAAAACGCUCAGGAGCUGACAAGCUGGAAUACCGGAAAAAAGGAGCUGAUUGCCCGCAAGAGAAAGUUGGAGACUCUCACAAGCACGUGGAAGGAGAAGCUUGACGCACAGAUCGGCAGUGAGUGGCAGGCGGAGACGAUUGAACCACAGUUCCAAUCAGUGCUCAAAAAACAGUCGCAGCUUGUUGCACAGACGCGGCAAAAACGGGACAUGGCACGCGAGAAGCAACAAAAAAUUGACUUCAGCCUGAAAUCAGCGCGGGACGCGCAACAAAAGAAGUCAGACGAGAUUUCUCGCUGUCAUGACAAGGUCCUCGACGUCUUAAAACAGAUCAGGGAUGAGGCCACCAUCGACGACUAUGCUGAGGAGGUCAAACUUCUUGAGGAGGAUGUCGAGGCCUACUCGACGGACAUCAGCCUUCUGGAGGCGUUGUCUGAUUACUACAAGCAAUGCCAGGAGACAUUGACCAAGAAGAACAAGUGCAAGCUAUGUGACAGAGGUUUCGACGACAAACAGAGCGUCAACAAGUCGCGUUUCUCGGACAAGCUUAUCAAGUAUCUUGACCCUUCGAAGAAAGAGAAGGCCAGUGAGGAUCUCGACAAGUCCAAGGCGACGCUCGAUAAGUUGCGGCAAGUCAGAGUUCAUCACGAAACGUACGAGCGGUCACUAGGCGAGCUACCAGGUCUGAAAGAAGCGUGCAAAACUCUUGAGGCCGAGCUUGAGACCCACGAGAGGCAGCUUGAAGAGCAUGAUGAGAAUGUCAAUGCCGAAGAGGCGAAACAGGCCGACGUUGAGACCUUGAAUAAGACAGUCAUGAACAUCUCGCAGACUCUCAAAGACAUGAAGGAUUCCGAGGCCCAGGUUGAGCGGAUCAUGUCGCAACAGUCAUCUGGCAUGGCUACGCGAACUGCAGAUGAAAUACAUGAGCUGCAGGCAACCUGCAAAGAGCAGAUGCGUUCGACGAAAGCUCGACUCACCAAGAUCACAACUGACCGGCAGAGGAUGCGAGACCAGCUCAACAGCCUAGAACUAGAAAAAAGCGAGUUGAAAAACAAGCUCAGCAGGGUGCAGAGUCAAUUGGAGCGCAAGAAGGACUUCCAGAACCAGAUCCAAACUUUGAAAGAGGACCAGGCCAAUCAACGGGAGCUCAUUCAGAAGGCUGACCAAGAUCUGGAGGUCAUUGAGCCUUCAAUCGCAGAGGCUCGCGCAGUGCGGGAUGAUACGCUCCAGCGCGGCCGCGCGAAAGAAAAGGCCAUCGUAGAGGAGCGCGAUUUGGUUGCCAACUCGGUUACUGAACUCAAGAUGGUCGAAAGCGACAUUCAGGACUACAUGGACCGUGGGGGGCCUUCGAAUCUCGCCGCGAACCAGCGCGCCAUUGAUGGCCUUGAAAAGACGAUUGCGGCCACGGAACAGGAAAUAUCCGAUCUCACGGUCCGGACGAAUAAGUUGAAGCAAGACAUCGAUAAUGGCGACCGGAAAAAGCAAAACAUCAGCAACAACCUGAAGUUCCGCCAGAACAAGCGUCAACUCGACGUGCUUCGCGCUGAGAUUGACGAUCUCCAAUCCUGCGACGCCGAUGACGACUACGACCGGCUCAAUGACGAGGCGGUCCAACUAGAGAACCGUCACAACAUGCUAGUAGCCGAACGCGGCUCUCUCAUGGGCCAGAUGAAGACCAAGGACGAGGAGCUUGCGCGACUUCUUGGCGAGUGGGAAAUGGACUACCGGGACGCUUCCAAGAAGUAUCGAGAGUCCCACAUCAAGGUCGAGACGACCAAGGCGGCGAUCGAGGAUCUUGGUCGCUACGGCGCCGCACUCGACAAGGCCAUCAUGCAGUACCACGGCCUGAAGAUGGAAGAAGUCAACCGCAUCGCUGGCGAGCUGUGGCAGAGCACAUACCAAGGUACCGACAUUGAUACGAUUCUCAUUCGGUCCGACAACGAAGGUGCCACAGGCCGGCGCUCGUACAACUACCGCGUGUGCAUGGUCAAGCAGGACACCGAGAUGGACAUGCGCGGGCGCUGCUCAGCUGGCCAGAAGGUGCUCGCCAGUAUCAUCAUCCGCCUCGCGCUGGCGGAGUCUUUCGGCGUCAACUGCGGCCUCAUCGCACUAGACGAGCCGACCACCAACCUCGACAAGGACAACAUCAAGUCUCUCGCCGAGAGCUUGCAUCACAUCAUCAAGUCACGCCAGGCGCAGAGCAACUUCCAGCUCAUCGUCAUCACCCACGACGAGGAGUUUCUCCGACACAUGCGGUGCAGCGAGUUCUGCGACAGCUUCUUCCGCGUGAAGCGUGACGACAAGCAAUGCAGCGUUAUUUCGCGAGAGAGCAUUACGAGGGUGCUGUAA